AUGACCUUCAGGGAUGUGGCCAUAGAAUUCUCUGAGGAGGAGUGGGGACGCCUGACCCACACUCAGCGGCAACUGUACCGUGAUGUGAUGUUGGAGAGCUAUGGACACCUCCUCUUCUUGGGUCUCACUGUGUCAAAGCCAGACCUGAUCAUGUUUUUGGAGGAAGGGAAGCGGCUCUGGGAUGUGAAGAGAAUGGAGAAUGUAGGCUUCCAUCCAGGUAGGUGGGAAUGAAUGAGGCAGAUGACAGAGGGGAGGUUCAAGUGUGAAGGAGGAAGGUAGACCUUACGCAGUGGUUUGAGUAGCUCUCCUUGAAUGAAGAUUGGUUGGAGACAUGCCCAGUUACUUUUUUUUUCUCUCUCCCAGAGGAACAUCUCUCUCCAACAUGAUCAAGUUCUUAGAUUUCUCUAGGGAUUCUCCUUCAGCUCCAGUGUUGGUUCAUCACGUUCAUAGGGAGA